AUGCCUUUUAUCCCUCAACGGUCCUUGCUCUCGACCAUGAUGGCGGUCUUGCUCUUCUGCAGCCUACCAGGUGGCAUUACCGCUCUCCCUUUCUCGGACAACUCAGGUCAUACGGCAGUCCAAGACCGAUCCAGCGGAGACCAACCCAUCUUGCCUCAGACAGUAGUCCUGAACGGACUGUUGCUGGGGGCAGCAAAGACCAAGCUGCAAGAAGGAGACGCGGAUUUGCAACAGGACUUGGACAACUUGGUGAAACAGGCAAAGAAGUAUCUCAAGAAAGGGCCUUGGACAGUGACCAAUAACGAGAUGUCUGUCCCUAAUGGUACUAUCCACGAUUAUGCUUCCCAAGCACCCUAUUACUGGCCAAACAACUGGGAAACCCCCGAGUCGGGCGAGGUGUGCCCGUAUGUAAAACGCGACGGCUAUGUCAACCCCGAAGCUUCUCUGUAUACGUCAAAGCAGGACAGGGCGGACAUGUUCACUGCGUCCUAUUCCUUGGCGCUCGCCUGGUACUAUACCGACACCCCGGCUUACAGGGAACAUGCGGCGCAAGUCAUCAAGACUUGGUUCCUUGACGAGGGUACGGCGAUGACCCCGCACCUGAAGCAUUCGCAGAUUAUUCCUUGCGAAAACGACGGAAGAGCGAUUGGCAUUUUGGACUUUUCAGAGCAAUACACGACGGUUCUUGAUGCCGCGGCCAUUCUCAGCACAGUGUACGACGCGAGUUGGAAUAGCGAGACGGAGAAGGCAUUCAAAGCGUGGAACCAAGAAUUCCUCACGUGGUUGACGGAUAGUAAAUUCGGAAAGAAAGAACUGUCCGCCACGAAUAACCAUGGUACUUUCGCUCGCCUGCAAAUUGCCGGUAUUGCCGCCUAUGUCGGGCAAAAUGACCUUGCUGCUGCGAUGGUAGAAGGGGACAAAGCCAUCAUCGACAGCCAAAUCGGAACCGACGGAUCCCAGCCUCUCGAGCUCUCCCGAACACGCUCAUGGCAUUAUUCGUGUUUUAACCUGGUAGCGCACGCUCGGCUUGCAGACAUAGCUCACCAGGUUGGCGUUGAUCUUUGGGGUUAUAAGGGCGAGCAAGGACAGUCUAUCUUGGGCGCUAUCGACUUUCUCACUCCUUACGCAACGACAGAUGGUAAAACGUGGCCAUACAAGGAGCUUUCAUUCAUCGGAUACGGGGCAAGUGAUCUUGUCAAUGCGGCGGCGGAUCAGGGAGACGAGAUGGCUAAGGCUGCUCUGCCAAGUCUGACUUACCCUUCGGCCGGUAAUCAGUGGCCCUUGAGGCCCUCGGUCGAGCGUUUGGACAAAACUGGCUCAUAG